GAUUGACCUGGAGCUGCUGAGUUCCAGUAUUGACAUUGAGACCCACCCCCAGGCAAAAGUUGAACUGGAAAAGUUGCAGAAGAUCUCACAAGCUGUCAAAGAGGAUUCAGAGGACUCUGAGGAAGAGGAUGAAGCUGGAGAUAAUAAAGAAGAAGAUGAAGCAGAGAGCUUUGAGGAUAUCAAUGACAUGGAAGCAGAUAUGGCAACACCCCGGGCCAGAGAAAUGACACAGAAACACACCAUGCGCCAGGCUGUACUUCAUCGUGAACUGAAUGAGAUCAACCGUAUCCUGACCAGCAAACAGGCCUUGGCCGACAAAAUGAGCCGGGCAGAUGAGGAAAUUGAGCUGAUGCGCAAGCGGUAUGAGGAGAUGAUGAAGGAGUGGAAAACCAGAACAGAACAACUAGAGAAGGAGAAGGAGCAGUUGACUACCACACUCAUGGAUGCCCAGGCCAAUGCUAAUGCUUGCAAGAUUGCUGAGCAGCGAAGGCAGAGGUUGAAGGAUCUGGAGCAACAGAUGGCUUCUCUGAAAAAGAAGAUGCUGGAACAGAGCAAAGUGGUCAAGAUGAAAGAGAGCUCUGAUAAACAGGUGUCCAAACUCAACGUAGAGAUACAGACGUUGAAGCAGCAGCGUGUCAAGUUGAUGAAGCAGAUGAAAGAGGAGACCAGCAACUUCCAGAAGUGGAAACAAGAGAAGGACAAGGAGGUCAUGAAACUGCAGCAGAAGGAUCGCAAGCGAGAGUAUGAAGUACAGAGACUGAAGAAGGAAUUUGAGAAGCAGCAGACAGUUCAGAAAAGAAAAACGGCAGAGGCAAUAGCAGCCAAUAAACGGCUGAGAGAGGCACUGGCCAAGCAGAAGGAAGUGGAGACUGAAAGGACAGGAAAACUGGAGAAAUAUGACUCCACCAGUAUUGGGAACCGAGUUCGGAAAUGGCUGGGGCGGGAACUGGAUGUGAAAGUCAGUAUGCGGGAGGCCCAGUAUCACCUGGCCGAGCUGAUGCAGGAGAGGAAACAUCUGACGGAACAGCUGCAGCAGCUGCGAGACCAGCUGGAGGAUGGCCCACUUUCUGAGAAGUUCUCCUGGCUCGGGGACAAUGGAGAUAAAGAUGAAAUUAGUUUUGAGGAGAAAGAAAUCAAGAAGCAGAUGACAUCCAUCGAACUGGACAUUGAAGUCAUAAAUGCAAACAUUCAAGAACUGCAGCAGAAGAUUGUGGAGGCUGAUGAAGAAUCCAAAGGCAAAUCGACAUGGCAGAGCCUGCACACGAUGAACGAAGCCAAAUGUGCCUUGAAGUUUCUUCUUGAACAGGCUAUCAAUGCCAGGGCAGACAGUAUCAAAGCAAGCAGUGACCUCAAAAACAAAGAUGAUAAAGAGAAAGAAGACGAGGAUCAAGUCAAGGCUUUAAAGGCUGAAAUCAGUCGAACUCAGAGCAAGUAUGAGAGAGAGAUCGACAAGAUUCGAAAAGAAUAUGAGGAGAAGACCCUGUUCUUGCUAAAUGCUGACCAGUGCUCUAGCAGCAAGAAAGCUUUGGAUGCCAGAUCAAAGGAGAAAAUCAAGCUUUUGGAAGCAAAGAUCCAGUCUCUGGAAAGUAUCCAAGAAAAGUUUGAUAAAGUGGAGAAGGAGUGUGAGCAGAUGAAACAGAAAAUGACCACGGUCAUGUAUCAGAACAAGACAUUCCAUCUGAUGCCGGACCUGGACUCUUGUACUUCCCCCUUUUUGAAUCCUAAACCCAAGCUCAAUUCAACAACGUCAACCUUGGACAGCACUUAUGUUGUUGAUGAACCGCCACCAAAGUCAAAUCCUGCUCCAUCAAAGCCAAUUUUUGCUCCAUCAAAGCCAAUUUUUGCUCCAUCAAAGCCAAUUCCUGUGCCCAAACAGCCGAAAGCAGCACAGAAAAAAACCAGAUCAAAGGAAAAAGCAUCUACUUCCUCGGCCAGUGAUAGCAACACUUCGCAAGAAAAUGUUGAGCAUGGAGCAUCAGGCAAAGACAUCAGAGCCAAGAAAUUACGUGGGAAGUUGACUCAGAAAACUGCAAAGAAGUCUUCCUCUGAUGACAGCCAAAACAACGAAGAAACAGAAGAUGGGAAACGGUCGCCAGGUUUUCUGAAACGUCGCUCUGGUGAUGACGCCGACGACAACGAAGCUGACACCAGCCAGGAAAAGCGGAAGCGACGAAAGAGAACUUUGUUGGGUAGCAGUUCUGGUUUCUUUCAACACUUGAACAGUUAG